GACAUGCACUUGUACAGCACAACUUACAAGAGGUGCAAAACAACAAUAAGCAGGAAGGUUAUUUCGUUACAUGACUUUUAUGUGCUGAAAUGAAGUGUAAAAGUGAUUUGAAAAUUCUUACACAAAUUAGUUAAGUGUGAAAUUGUAUGUUUCCACACGUACUGCAAUAACGUUGAUGAUACUGUAUCUAAGAUGGCAACAGAAGAGCAAGAACAGAUCCUGGAAAUAUUCCGAGGGAAAGACCUGAUAUCAAGACAGAAUCUCAAAGUGAAAGCAGAUGAAGCAUUGCAGUGCCGAGUAGUUGGUUUAUAUUUCUCAGCACACUGGUGUCCACCUUGCAGAAUGUUCACUCCCAAGCUGGCAGAAAUAUAUGCAGAACUGAAACGCAGGAACGCUCCCUUUGAAGUUGUGUAUCUCUCUUGUGAUCAGAGUGAAGAUCAAAUGCAGAUGUACAUGAAGGAAUCUCAUGGAGAUUGGCUGGCUUUGCCUUUUGGCAAUCCAUUAAUUGAAGAGCUGAAAACCAAGUACAAGGUCAAUGCUGUCCCCAAGCUGAUUAUCCUCAAGCCAGACGGAGAGGUUGUCACAGAGAGAGGACGGGCAGAGGUGGAAGAAAAAGGGGUGGCAGGUUUCAGGAACUGGGCUACUAUAGCACACACAGGGGAGGUAUUACCUAAACACCUUAUCAAAAGUACAAGUACAGAUGAGGACAAGGAAGAGACAGAAAGUGGUUCAUAACUACAUCCAAUUUUAAGAAAUCCUUGCAAUAAAUGUGGCUGAAGGAAAGAGGCAGGAGAUAUUAAGAGUAUAUGUAACAGGCCCGCAUCGCCUGGGAGGGGGAUGUUCGAAUGAACCAUAUUUAUUCCCAGGAAAAGGUCUUUUCGGGGUAAAAUUUGUUCUAGGCUCAUAAAGAUUUCACAGAAAAAGAGCCCCCCUUUGAAAUUGCUUUUCAUGGGCCCGUGUACUGAUAACAAAACCUUGAUGAGUGCUUGCAUCAGCCAAUUACUCUCUAUCUACUUGUAUAUACAUUUAUAUUUGUGUGUACUUGUAGUACAAAUGUACAUGAACUCCAGAAUGUAAAUGUGGUUUUAACGAGUCAUCAAGUUUUGUUGUUUAGCACCAGGACCUAACCUGUAGGUAUAUUUAGAAGGGGUUUUAAGGGGAUCUGUUCAAAAGAACUGCCCCUUUGGUCAGAAAAGGUCCACUCAGAGUCAAAAUUUUAUCAAGGUUCUAUGUCAUUUCUCAUGUUCGGACAACUCUUUCUACAUAUAUUAUAAUUGGUUGAAAAGGACCACUUUUCAGAAAAAAGAAAAAAGCCCCCCCUCCUUUAAAAUGGUCGUUUACAGGCCUGAGGACCUCUGUCAUAUUUAAAAUAUAAAAGGCUCA